AAUGUAACCUUGAUUCAAGGUUGAUUCAACGUCGAUAUGGUUGACAGCUAGUUGAGUCGAUAAGAAAGUUGAUAUUACUGCAAUAUCAAUCAUCCAAUCAGAUGAAGUGCAACGUUGAUUCAACGUUGAUCUCUUUAACCGAAGUCUAACUCGUUAUGAACCAAUCCUGAUUAGGUUUAACGAUUUAAGUUUCGGUUAUUAAAGUGAGUUGUGGAAUCUGGCCUAAAUGAUUCAAUUUAUAAUCGCUUAAAAAAUUCUUGCGGGCCCGUGAUUGAACAGCGCGUCAGAAAAGCUAUAACACACCUUUCACAUUGCUUGAUUCGGCAAUUGGUAAAAUCUUUCGAUGUGUGUGUUAUACCCUUAAGUUGCGUUGCUACGAUCGUAGAUCGGGGGUAAUGUAUGAUAUAUAUGUAUGACCAUCCGUUAGAGUGAAUGCGCACGUUGCGGAUAUUGCUUUUAUGUUACAAGUGUAUUAUCGCAUUUUUAAUUAUCACAAUGGAUAUUGACGUUACUAAGCGGUUUGUCGUUUUGAAAUUUAUAAAUGAAGAUGUUGAUUGCGACGAGGAAGACGAUUCUUUAUUUGAAGUUGGUCUUAUUAAAUGGCUAAAACAAUUAGAUGAAGAAACAAAUGCAAAAAUUUCUUGGCCUCCUAAAUCUGAGCAGAGUACUGCAAUUAAAAAAGAAAUAGAUGCACUUCCUUCAUGGCCGAUAUAUAAUGUUACUGUUUUAAAAUGUUAUGAUACACUUUUGGCUGCACGAAAUGCACGAAAUGGAUAUAUUAUGUCGUCUAAUUAUGAAACAGAGUGUGAAUUUGGUCGUGGUAAACGUAAAAAAAUUAAGCGGCAGUUUGCAUGUGAUGAAUCUCUCUCGACAAAAGUGACAAAAAAGAAGAAAUUUAAAAAUAUUUCAACUUCUGAUGAUUCAGAUUUUGAUAGAGAUGAUAGUGCUAUAAAAAAAUAUAAAUUUAAACAUGCUCCUUCUCCGCCACUUAUCUUGUUUCGAUCAGAAAAUAAUAAAGUAAAACAAUAUCAAAACAAUAUUAUCACAGAUAGCAAAACAAAAAAAUUUGAAAGAUUACAGAAAAAUAAACAAUUAGAAAAAAAAAUGACGCAAUCAAAUAUAUCUGAUGAAAAAUCAUCAUCUUCAAUAUGCACUUCUCCAUCAGAAUUACGUCAAAAGAGUCCAGUUACUUCACAUGUGACAGCUGUAACUACACCGAGUUCAUCUUGUAGAUCAAAAAUUAGUAGCAAAUUAGAUAUGAUUACUAUGAAUUUAUGCAGAUUAAAUCGCUUUCUUCUACCACAUGAGAAAAGAAUAAUAAGACCAGCAGAUCUUCCAGCACUUCCAUUGACAACAGAGGAAGAAUUAGAAAAAUUUGAAAAAUAUUUAACGAAAGAUGAUAAUGCUGGUGCAACUAUUUGUUACAUGAGUCAAAUUAUUGGUCCUAAAGACAAUAUUAAGGAAGCUACAUAUAAAGUACUAAGGAAACUUAUUUCAAACACAUUGGCAGCAGACUUUACUUUAAAAAGUGGUAAACAUUUAUCCAAAAAAUGUUUCGAAAAGCUGAUGCUGUAUGAAGUUGUUCAAGGUGCCAUUUUAGACAAAAGGCCAGAAACAGAAAUCCCAGAGAUUGAUGCAGCUACUUCACUGUGGCUAAAGCAAGCACCUUGGCGUCGCCAAGAUGACGGCAGUAUGGGGAAAAGAAUAAAAAAAUAAGAUUAUUUUUGUGUUUCUUUUGUUUUAAAAUUUGACGAUUUUUUUAUUGUCAUUUGACGAUUUUUAUAGCAUAUUUAUGGCUGAACUAUGCUCUGCUCUAUAUUUAAAACAACAAAAUGUCUGCGACAAAAAUAUCUAUUUUUUUAUGC